UAACGUACACGAUAACUUCUGUCCGGGGUAAAGUACAGCCCUAUUUUACUCUGUUUUUCAAAUCGGUUUAGUAGUUUUUUCGUACCCUCCAAUAAGGCCUAGGGGUAGGUACAAACAGAACAAUCAAAACCAGAUCAAUCUGAUUCAUGGUCAUAAUCUGAAAAACGUUUUUCUAUGAGAGCUACUUAAAUUACUAAGGAGAACAAUUUGCUAUUGAAAAGCAAAAGGCGUCAAUUAAAUUUUUUAAAUAAAAUUCAGCUUUACCUACUUGUUCUAAAGUUAGUAGAUAUAAACAAAAAACUAUCCCGAAUAACUAUAAAAAGCGACGGAUUUGGACAUGUUGAUGAGUGAUGCUUCUCGAAACCACGUUCCCAAGAUUUAAUUGUUGUAACUUUUCCCAUCGGUAGCUAUAUUCCGCUUAUUUGUACACGAGUACCUACCUAGAUAAGUUAGUUCUAUUUUUGGCAUGAAUUUGUAUGUAGGGAUCUACUACCUACGUAAUCUUUAUCUUGUGCCUCAUCAUCCUCCCCGAUUUUAUUUGUGGGUCGGCGAAGCAGGUUUUCUCCUACUAUACUCUUCUAUCCACCCGCGCCGUUAUCUCACAAGUAAAAUUCUUUCUAUCAUUGAAUCCAUUUCGAAUUUCUCAAUUUUUAUUCUGUGCCUCAUUCAGAAAUUUAUCAAAAGUUGCAAAUUCUUUUUUCAAAUUAUCUCAAUAAAUUUGAUAGACAUGAUUCAUUGUCAUAUUUUGAUGUUUAACUCAAAUAAAUGAUUUUUAUUUCGUAUACACAUGGACACAUAAAUCUACACCACAAUGGGCCGAAUGAGCGGAAUUAAAUGGGAAAAAGCCACACAAUGUCGACCUGUUCAUAACAUAAUUUCUUCAGAUUUCCCUAGAUACAACCCUCAACCGUGGAAGUUCAUGGAAGGUAGAACUCGUAUUGAAUUCUUACUCUCAUAUGAAUACCAGAGGAUGUGGAUGGAAGAAAUUGAAGGUUGGAAAAAGCGAAUGUAUCCUGAAAACACUACGGUCAACGUUGAUAUUGUGAAGCGUUAUGUUUUGACUUUCAAAACAGAUCAUCAACCUCCGAAGCCAGAAAAAAAGAAACCAUUUAAAAUGAAAAAAUAUGAAGGAAUAAAAAGCAAAACUGAAACUAAACGUCCCUCAGAUGAUAAAGCAAUGAGGGAACAAGAUUCUGCCAAUGAAAAAAGAAAUGUCAAGACGGAAGCAAACUAAAGUAACCAAUUUGAGUAUUGUAUUUAACAAUUCUGUAGACCAUAGUCGUAAAUUGAUUGCAAUAUAAAAACAAUACUUCUUAACAA